AUGGAAGGCAUCGAAAAGCUUUCAAUAAGCAUUCUUGAUCUCGAUAUAAAAAAUAUAGAUCAAAGCAUGAAGGGACUAUGGGACAUAGGAAUUAGGAAUAUACACAUUGACAUUAUUGAUACUUCAUUCAUAGAUAACAUUAGCUUUGGGGUGAGCUUUGUCAACUGUAUUCUUCAAUACUCUGGAUUUGACUUUUUCAUUCACAUUAUGAUCAAAAAUCCUAUUUUAAUUAUCAGCAAGCUCAAGUAUCCAAAAGGUACAAAAAUAGCAGUCCAUUCGCAUUUUGAAGAUGUAUUAAAGCUAGAACACAUUGUGCCUGUAUUAUCUAUCAAUCCCGAGCAGAAUAUUGAUCAGUUUAAACACUAUGUUCCAAGAUUUAAAGAGGUUUUGAUAAUGACUGUUUAUCCUGGAUUUGGCGGGCAGAAAUUAAUAGAAGGAUGUGUUAACAAAAUUAAAUGCUUUCAGCUAUGUGGAGUAAAGGUAACGGUUGAUGGCGGUAUAAACAUUUUCAAUAUCUCACAGGUGAAGCAUGCAGAUUCAAUCGUUGUGGGUUCUGCGUUUACAAUGGCCAGCGAUAAAAUGCAAACGUUGAAAGAGCUGCUAGAGAAAAUCGGCUAA